AAUAAAAUAACCAACAACCGAACAUGAUAGACCAAAAUCUGAAAAUGGCCGAUCACACGGGAGAAAACGUGGGUGAAGUUGUCCAAACUUCGCCCCAAAAGUCUAAUGUUGAUUCAGAAACUGUUAAAAGAACGAAGGAAGAAGACGAAACAAAUGCCGAACUUGAUGAUCUACUCGAUAGUGCUCUGAAGGAUUUUGAAAAGCCAAAAGCUGUGGCCGCUGACCAAGAGCUUCCUGAUGGGAAGACUGAAGCUGUGGCAGGCUCCAGCAAGACACAGGCUGCAUCCCAAGAGGCCCCGCCCCUUCCACCAGGUCAGGAGGCCUUGUUCAACCAGCUCUUUGCCGGUGGUGAUGGCGCAACAGACUUUGAGUCAGUCAUGAGCAGUGUCAUGUCAGAGCUUGGCAAAGAUCUUGGGCAGGAUCCUGGCAUGAAUGAUGAUCUGCUAGCCAAACUACUACAGGGUGGAGGUGCUGAGGCCUUUCCAGGAUUUGGCUCUGCACCGCCAACAGAGGGCGCUACAACAUCAGGCAAUGAAACACUUGAGAGUACGUUAGGCGACACCAUCAACCGAUUGGUGCAAAGUGCACAGGACCUGAAGGAUGGCAACGUACCAGAGGAGGAGGUGUUAAGACAGAUGGAGAACAUGCAUCUUGGAGACGGUUCAGAGGGUGAGAUGAUGCCCAUGAUGCAACACAUGAUGCAGAGCCUACUCUCCAAGGACAUUCUGUAUCCAUCUCUCAAGGAAGUCGUAGAAAAGUAUCCAGUGUGGCUGGACGAGAACCAGUCUACAGUCAAGCCGGAAGACUUUGAACGUUACACGCAGCAGUUUGAGCUCAUGAAGAGGCUAUGCACAGAGUACGAAUCGGAGCAGUCAACAGACUCCACGGACGUCAAACAGCAACGGAUGACCAGAAUAAUGGAUCUCAUCCAAGAGAUGGAAGGCCUUGGGCAACCACCCACGGAUAUUGUUGGGGAAGGGGGUACCGGGCUCGGUCUGCAGUUUGAUGGGCAAGGGAUGCCAAAGAUACCAGGGAUGCCACAGGGGGACCAGUGCAGCAUCAUGUGACACUAACAAAGACCUGCUAUUAUUUGAGAAUCCAGACAUCGACUUGUGAUUGGUUGGUGAGCUGUCGCCAAUGACUCUGAUUGGUUGAAAGAUCAGUAGUGGCCGGAGGUCACUUUCCAAAUUUGACUAUGCGAUUGGAUGAAGGUGGCACCAUAAUGACCUGUGAUUGGUUGAAUGAAAUUCAAGCCUUGAUUGGCUGGCCAGUAGCAAGUAAUGCCAUGUGAUUGGUUAAUCCGAAUCACAUCAAGGUGUUAGUCCCAGUUUCUUCUAAAUCUCGGUUUAGUUCUGGAAUAUAUUGCAGGAUUGUUAAAACGGCAUCCCAGUUACUGUUAUACUUAUUGCUCCUUGAAAGAUCAUUUGAAAGAAUUAUCGGAUUGGUUUUCGCCAAAGUGAAGGAUUUUGGAGGAUUUAAGAAGACAUCACAUUUUAUCAUGUAACAUAGAAGUGUACUCUGAUUUGACAGUGGCUGGUAUAUUACUAUUGGGAAUAUAUAUAUGUGCUUGGCCAGUUUUAAACAAGUACGUUUAAAACUGGCUGGAGGCCUGGACGCUGAUAAUUGCAUUUAAUACCCGAAUCAAGUUUUAGGUUUUAAACGUACAUAAAUACAUGUAGGCUCCUGAUGCCAGGACAGCAUUUUCAGCGGCUUUCAUUUUAAAAUCUCAGUGGGAUACCUCGUUUGUUGUAUCGUUGCAAUACGCUAAACAAGUCAAGACAAUCCUAGUAAAGCCGGUCCCAGACGGCACAAUAUUAUAUUCCAUUGGUUCAAAAUGGCCAAUCGUUUGAAAUCUUUUCAUACGUAUGUGACCUGCACAGUCGGCCAGAUUUAUCCCAUUCAUUGGCUUUACAGGGUACUUCCAUUUCAAAGCUUUUUGGUCAAGGCAAGACUUAAGCAAGUCUAAUUCUAAAGUGACUGGGAGUCAGUCAGUCAGUCAGCAGAAAUAUAAGAGUUGUGAAAAAUCUGCAAGAAAUCACUUAAUAUCAUCGCAGUGCAACCUUUUGCUUCAUUGUGCUUCCAUUUCCACUUUCAACUUUCAGGACAUGUCGAAAAUUCUGACAUGCUGAACAAGGAAUUUGUGCCCUGUGUUGUAUAUCGUGCAAAUUAUGUGCAAAGUAGUAUUUGGGUGACAAAAGUGAUUAAAGUCAUUUUCUAAACUUGACAUGUGACCGUUCUAGACCAAUGAAAUUACAGUAGCCAAGAAGUCCUGUAACAUCUUUGUUAGUAUAGGUUUGGGAUUGGUUGGAGCUGAUUGCUGUUGAUCAUUGUAGGUGUUCAGUGAUUGGUUAAAUUUCCCAUCAGUGACCUGUGACCAAUUGUUAGGCCACCAAUGGUGUGUAUUCUUUGUUAAAUCUGAGUAAGUUUUAUAAAGUCAAUAGGUGAUUGGUUGGCAGGGUCCCUAUUAUUUUAAUAUUCAUGUUGUUGGACUGAAAAAAAGAAACAAGCAAUCAAUAUCAAAUCAGUAAAUGAAUUGUGUUAAUUUCCUUGUAUUAAAAAGUAUUGAAAGAUGUACUGUUUGAGCUAGAUUUUAAACGACUAUUUUUUUCGCAAUGCAAAUUUAUUCACUUUGAGACACAGAACCAAAUUAUUUGUAAAAUGGAAAAACAAGAAUUGAAAAUAAGACUAUGAGACACAAAGGUGUAUAUUUAGGGACUACACUAAAACAAUUACAUUGCAUUAACCCUUUAACUUCAAAUGCAAAUACAUUUUGUACACAGAUGCUUCAAUUGUUGGGAAAAUUGCAUUGCUAUUAUGUCAAAAUAAUUUUACCCAUUGGUAUUGCUGAAAACUGACCAUGGUUUAGGUGCUAUAAUGCUCCCUGAAACAUUUUCUAAAUGAAUUGCUUACAUUUUUCUAUCAUCACUUAUGUUAUGAACUUUUCAGUGAUAAAAAAACCUGGCCUCUGAGUAAACAGCUACUACUUUAACAUUUUUAAUAAGCAAGCAAUUCACAUCAGUGAUGUUAAUUUUAAUCCACCUUAUUUCCUGUCAAAAACUAAGAAAAGAUUAAAGGUAUUGUGCAACAUUUGCAAACAUUAAAAAACAAAACUACCAAAUUAAAAUGUAAUAGCUUACUUGACUGUAAGUGAAUAAUAGUCUCAAGCAUCCUGUGAAAUCAUGGCACCUGGUGUGCUGUCAUUUUCAAGAAAAGAAGAAUUUUGUAUCACUUUCCAAUUACUUUUUCAUCAAAUACCAUGCUGCCCCCAAAUCACAAACUUUAGUUAAUGAGGGUACACUAUUUAUGUAUUCGUUUUCACACAUGAACGUAGUGCAUUAUGCUCAUAAUUCUACUGAUCAAACUGUGCUUUCUUGUAUGAUUAUAAGUGUAUCAUUUAGUAUAAUUGUAUGUAUUUUGAUACACGUGUAAAUAAUCAUGUAUAAUAUUGUUCAUGAAAAUAAAAAAUAUCCUCAAAUUCAGUGGUAUUUUGUCUGA